GGUACCGCUCAAAACCCGGAAACGCCUUGCGGGGCAGUGUGGGAGGGAGAAGCCCAGGGCGGACAGGCCGGGCCCACCCGUGCUCGCGCACCCCAAGAUGGCUGAGAGGCAGGAAGAGCAGAGAGGGAGCCCGCCCUUGAGGGCAGAAGGCAAGACCGACGCGGAGGUUAAGCUCAUUCUGUACCACUGGACGCAUUCCUUCAGCUCUCAAAAGGUGCGCUUGGUAAUUGCUGAAAAGGCAUUGAAGUGCGAGGAACAUGAUGUAAGUCUGCCCUUGAGUGAGCACAAUGAGCCUUGGUUUAUGCGUUUGAACUCAACUGGAGAAGUGCCUGUCCUUAUCCACGGGGAAAACAUAAUUUGUGAGGCCACUCAGAUCAUUGAUUAUCUUGAACAGACUUUCCUGGAUGAAAGAACACCCAGGUUAAUGCCUGAUAAAGAAAGCAUGUAUUACCCACGGGUACAACAUUACCGAGAGCUGCUUGACUCCUUGCCAAUGGAUGCCUAUACACAUGGCUGCAUUUUACAUCCUGAGUUAACUGUGGACUCCAUGAUCCCGGCUUAUGCAACUACAAGGAUUCGUAGCCAAAUUGGAAACACAGAGUCUGAGCUGAAGAAACUUGCUGAAGAAAACCCAGAUUUACAAGAAGCAUACAUUGCAAAACAGAAACGACUCAAAUCAAAGCUGCUUGAUCAUGACAAUGUCAAGUAUUUGAAGAAAAUUCUUGAUGAGUUGGAGAAGGUCUUGGAUCAGGUUGAAACUGAAUUGCAAAGAAGAAAUGAAGAAACCCCAGCUUCUCAUAUGCAGCAUACUGGUGGAAGGACAGCUCACCUGGUGCCAAAGACAACAGUGGACUUGGCAGAGCUUGCUGCCUUGACAGUGUAUCAAUAGCAGAGCUGAUCUGGCACCUGCCAGUUGGGUUUAUUUCAGCAAACCCACUUUAAAAAUUUUAUUAGCAAAUAAUGAAUAAAUAGGUUUGGAGACUUUCUCCCCUUCUUGCUAUCUUAUUUUAUAUAAUCAGGAUUGUGUGGAAAAUUUUCCUGCCCUUCUGAUCUUGCAUUAGUGUUUUCAAAGUAAUCAAUCAAUAAAUCCUCACAAUGGACUCAAGCUGAACUAGGAUUACAGGCCAAACUUAGAGUGUUAUGGAUGUAUUUUGAAAAGUUAAGUAGGAAGCCAACAAACUUAAGCAUAAAAAUCUUGCUUAUGAGGACUUACUUAAUAUAUGAUUAGUUCAAACUGAAGCAACUUGGCCAUGGAAAAAUGGUGGCACAUGUGUAGCUCAAGGACUAUUAACCUGAUGAAUUGUUUUUGAAUGGAGUUGUACAUACACUCAGUGUCCUGAAUAUAUGUAUUGUCCUGGUACAUACAAGCAAUCAAGUAGAGUGCAUACAGCCACAGAGGCUUAGGGUCUUUAUAAGGCCACAUCAGGACAGGCAUCUUGUUUGAUAACAAAAUAAUGCCCCAGCUUGAGGCAGAGUUAGAGGUCACACACCUUGUUUAUUGUAAAAAACCAAAAACAAAAAACCAAAAACAAGCACACAUUGUUUAUUAUGUGCAGCUGACAGGAAAGAAAUAUCUCUUCCCAUGUAAGAAGCAUUUCAGAUGCCAAUACUCUAUUACUAGACUCAUGAUAUUAGAAACCACAAUGUUACAGUGGUGAGAGAGACCACUAUUUCUAAAUCAAUCUUCAUUCAUUAAAGCUGUAUAGUUUUGGUAGGGAUAGAAUUGAGAUAGGGAUGCUAUAAAAAAGCAGAUUAUAAUCCAGAAUCUUCUUACAUUCUCUGAUAACAAUCAUGUUAGGACACCAAACGAAGGAUCUUUCGAUUGAUUAAUUUGACAGUGGGAAAUAUGUAUGUUAACAAUCAUGUUAGGACACCAAAUGAAGUAUCUUUUGAUUGCUUAAUUUGACAGUGGGAAAUAUGUAAAUAACCAUUGUUUGUAUGCAUCCUUUAUCUCAUUCAAUUAUUGUUGUCAUCGUGUAUUAUUAAUACCUGCCAAUUCUAGGUAUUAAUAUUAGCUCCAUUUUGUAGAUUGAGACAUGAGGCUUAGGAAGAUUAGAUGACUUGGGGCAAGUCACCAAGCUACUGCUAGGUGGUGGUGCUGAAUUUGAACUUUUUUCACUGAGCUGGUAUGCUGUUUUCACUAUACAACUCUACCUCUCUUCGUAAUUACUAUUGUCUGACAGCCCCAUAAAAGUUUGUAAAAAAAAUUACACCAUUGUUGAUAAAUAGGCACAUGCCUUGAAUUGGUCCUGCUAAUGUUCUCCGUGUAGAAACCUCAUAUUCAUUUAGAGCUCCCCAGGUAUCCUAGUAUAUCAAGAUGGUUCUGGAAAGGGAAUAUAGCUCAUCAUCUAAGCUUCUCUGUUAUUAUUUCAAUCACCAUGCUUUCUGGAUUCUUGAGACCAUUUUCAACACUCCCCAAAGCAUUUUUCUUUAUACAUACUAGUCCUAACCAGGGCAUUUUAGAUAAAUGACCUAGUAUACAUGUCCAUUUGAUCAGCUCUGUAACGUUUUCUAAAAUUCCUUCUACUUAGUAUGCAUUUUCUCAUCAGCUCCUCUAACAGGGCCAUCUAUCAUUUACUUCACUUAUUCAAGAGGCCCUCUUAGGGAGAACAAAUAUUUUGCUGCAAGAAGAUUUCUCUAUCUCCUUACCAAUGCAGGGAGCCAUAUGUUAUAUUGUAAGUGGAAAGAAAAGUUAGAUUGUAUCCAAUCCAUUUUGCUUCUCAAAAGGCUACUGCAUCAAAUUAAAAAAAAAUAUGUGUUUUAUUCUAUUUUCUUUUUCUCCUUUCUCCCAAUCCUCUUUUCUUUCAUUUGCUCACUUGUGCAAUCUCUUUCUCUGAUCCAGAAGAAGAUCCAUGGUGGCUUAAAAUGGUUCACAAAAUAUAGCAAAGUGACAUAAUUAGAAAUGAGUGAGGAAUAAAAGAAUAUUAAUCAUAGAAAGAAAAAUACUCUGAAUUUAAUACUUCAGAGAAGAAGGCUAGGAUCAAGUAACUUGCUUGAUAAACAGUAAAUAUACAAACAAUACUAGCUAUGAUUUCAUCAUGAUUAUUUUUAGAUGAAUACAGAAUAUUGAUAUUGAAAAGGUCUCUCGGAAAGUUUAACGUCAAAAUACAUAUGCACUUUCAUCAUUAUACAUAUUGUAUUGUGUUUAUUUUCUAACUUCUCCUUACUAACUGUAAGCUGUGGUUGGGUAGGACUUUGACUGACUUAGGAGUGCAGCAGAUAGUGCUGAUGUUCUAUCCAUAUCUCAGGGGACUUACUACUUCAGGGUACACCAGCAGAUCUCAGUCUCUUUGCCUAAGAACUUUCUUUAAGCUAUGGAAAGCCACUUUGCUCAUGCAGGAAAAUUAACACCAUUCAUAUCCUCCAGAAUCCCUUAACCAAAAAGAAUUAGUUGGUGUAUAAAUAUCUCAACUCCCUCACUCCUCGGGCAAUAUAACUCUAUGAUGCAUGUUUCCCAGAGCCUCCCUAUGGAACUAAAUCCCAAUCAUCCACCAUGGUAGCUGGCUUACUUUUAUUGUCUGCCUUCUCUUUUCAUUUUCCCACUUCUCAACCAAAUAAACCACUAGAACAUGGACCUUUGUUUUAGGAUCUGCUUUUGGGGAACCCAAAUUAAGAUAAUAAUUAUAUCCCCAGAGCCUACUUCAGGAUCUAACACAAAUUGAUUAAUUGAUUGAUAUAAUUGAAGACAAGUAUAUGCUUUCAAUUAUAAAUUUAUAUUUGUUGCUAUCCCCUACAAUUUUUUGUUUGUAAUUUUUUUACUUGUUAUGUAUUUAGGGGUCAAGGUGCAGUUGUAUUACAUGGAUAUAUUGCACAGUGAUGAAAUCUGGGCUUUUAGUGUACCCAUCACUUCAAUAGUGUAUAUUGUACCCAAUAGGCAGUAUGCCAUUCCUCACCCGCCUCCCACCCUCCUACAUUUUGGAGUCUCCAGUGUCUAUUAUUCCAUUCCAUAUGUCUAUGCGUAUCCAUUGUUUAGCUCUCACUUACAAAUGAGAAUAUGUGGUUUUUGACUUUCUGUUUCUCAGUCAUUUUACUAACGAUAAUGGCCUCCAGCUCCAUCCAUGUUGCUGCAAAACACAUGCUUUCAUUCUUAUCAUUAAAAAGAUUUUGUAAUGCAAAGAAUUAGUGUAUUGAAUCCAAAGGUAAAUUUCAAAUUUUAACUUCUCAGGGAGAAGAGAACUAACAUGAUGGUCAGUCUGGAGGCUCAAGUGAGGAAGUAGCCACACUCCAGACUCUGAAGCGGAAAGUGCUCCACGUUCAUUCCACUUGCUGGCUUCACAAUGAUCAAGGAGUCAAGAAGGACCAGCAUCUUGUAGCCCUUCUCCAUCACUGGGUUAAAGAGAGAGGAAUGAAAACCAUUUUUCCCCCAGAAGUUUGGGUUUCUUUUCAGCAUUCUAAUUACCUUAUUCAUUUUUUGGGAAGACACAUAAUAUGGAAUGCUUCCAUCAAUCACGCACUCUGCGGUCCUAAUCAGGGUUUUUGCUUCCUCCUCCCCUGAAGAGCUGUGGUAAAUAGAUCGACAGUGUGGAAAAUUUUAGUUUCCCAUCACCUCUCCCUGUAUCUUAGAGCUUAGAGCAAACCUCAGCAACCAGCUGCCUGGUUCCUUGCUCUGGUGCUGCAUAUAGCUGUUUUAGGUUCUCAGUGAUACCAGAUUCACCAAAAUACAGUUUUCUGGCUUAUUUUAAAAAUAAUCAGAAGAUUUAGUAACUCUGAUCCUACAACGCUGUGUGGCAAUAGUUGGCUGGAACUACAUCACUACUGUCCUGCUGAGAUGGGGCUCUUAAUUUCCAUUUGCCAAACCUGCCUGCUUCUCUUAUUUCUGUCAGCUGCUUGUCAUUUGAGUUUGAGAUCCCUGGUAACUCCUUAGAGCUAUCUUGUUCUGUUGUGUGUCCUUUGUGCUGGAAGCAACUGAAGGAAAGUCUGGCAGCUCCUCCCUACUGCCUUCCCUCUCUAAUGAAGAUCACUCUCUGUUGUUAUACCUUAGCUAGACUCACAGAGGCCCAUGCCCAUACUUAGACAGAGCUUCUUUGUAAAAAGGAAGGAACUGUAGGAGUCAGCUAAAAGUCAGACUGGGUGACAUGGAUAUGAGACCUUCAGAAGACAGGACACACUCUUUAUAGAAUGACACUGCAGUUUGAAUGCCACUCCCAUGCUAGCCUGUGUGGAACACAAAACACUCUUUCAGAACUGACAAGCCCUCUGCUAUCUUACUUCAUAAAAACACUAGGGCCAGGCCAAUUACAUCUUUUGAAGGCAAAGCCAGCUGUCUCUAAGUCCCCCCAGGGCACGACUUCUUAGCCAAACCACAGGGUCAAUGAAUUUUUUGGAGCUGCCUUCUAAAUACCUCGUUCUCUCUCUAUUUUAAUGAAUUAAGUUUACCUUCUAUAUUAUAAUUUUCUGAUACUCUGAAAUAUUAUUUUAGCUCCCUCUUCAACUUAGUGCAAAACCAUGCCCUUCUACAAUCUAGAAACCCAAGUUUUCACCAGUGUUACUGGCCCAUUGGUUCAAGGAAUGGAGUAGACCCUGAAUAGCUGAAUUUUGCGAGACUCUAGCAGCGUUUCUCAUGACCUUUUUUGAGAAAAAGUGCAAAAACAACUGGAUGAUGGGAUGGUGAAACCCACUAGUAUUAAUGGAAUACCUGCUCUGAAAAUGAGCUGAUAAAUUUAUGUUAACUAGGAGAGAUGUUUUAACAGCUAAUUCCUUAGCACUGUCAUAUUCAUUAUCUGUUUUUACAAUAUUACUGUGGCAUGUUUCAUAUAUCAUGUUUAUUUUUUUUAAUUAGUACAUUGUAUAGCAUAAGAAUGGAUUGUUUACAAAAUUUGCAGAUGAGAUGAAAUUGGCAAUGUAUUAUAUAUAGAAAAUGCCAGAAUCAGGAUCCUGACAGAUUUUUUCUUUUCUUUUCUUUUUUUUUUUUUUUUUGAGGUGGAGUCUCACUCUGUCACCCAGGUUGGAGUACAGUGGCACCAUCUUGGCUCACUGCAACCUUCGCCUCCUGGGUUCAAGCGAUUCUCCUGCUUCAGCCUCCUGAGUAGCUGGGAUUACAGGUGCGCCACCACGCCUGGCUACUUUUUUGAUUUUUAGUAGAGAUGGGGUUUCACCAUGUUGAUCAGGCUGGUCUCGAACUCCUGACCUCAUGAUUUGCCCACCUCGGCCUCCCAAAGUGCUGGGAUUACAGGCGUGAGCCACUGCGCCCAAUGAUCCUGACAGAUCUUGAGAGGAUGGAAUGAUGGGGUGAAACUAUUUGAAUUGCACUUAAGAGGAAUGUCUGUACUCUUCUAUAUUCACACAGAAGGAAAAACAGGCAUGUACAAAAAUCACCAUUGCACAAUUCUAGUGGGAGAAGAUGUGGCUUCUUAGCCACACACAUGAAAAAGGUUAUAGUUACCUGAAGACACAACGUGAGUCAACAGUAUGAUGUGAUUCCCUAGAGCAAUGAAAUAUUAAACAAAUUAAUGGAAAGAUUUUUUUUGUCCAGAAAAAGACAAAUGAUAGUCUCUUUUUACUAACCUAGUUAAGACCAGACACAAUCUGAUGCUCACUUCUGAUACCAUGGGUUAAGUAAGACAUUGAUGGACUGGAGUGUUUAGAAGACAGGAACUAGGUGAGGGAAGCUUAGAAACUCUGACUAGUCUGUAGAUGGAAAAUCUAAAGCCAGACAUAAUUAUUGUUUUGAAACUUUUGGAGGCUUGCCAUGUAGAAGGCAGAAGAGAUGUAUUGUGCAUUACCCUUGGAGGGUUGAAGUGUGAUCAAUGAUAAAAUGUUAGAAAAGGAGACUGAUAUUCAUGUUUAUAUAAAGACAGAUUUUAUAGUUAGACUGGGUGACAUGGAUUUAUGAUUAUAUAAAGAAAUAUUUUGUACUGGGUGACAUGAAUAUUUAAUUUUAUAUCCUAAAAAUUAGACUUGUCCAAAACUGUAUUGGCUGCCUCAGGAGGGAUUUUCAUUAUUGCUUGUGAGAUAUUAAAGAAGUGCAUAGAUAUGUAGAUAUACAAGUCACAGAUUUCACUAAA